AUGAUUCAUUCCUUCAUAUCCAAAUCUCCCUCUUAUUACCACGCUAGAAGUACAAAGAAACCGCGUAAAUCUAAGCACCAACAGAGGAUAACUACUGAAGAUGAAGAAGAGGAAGAACAAGUUGAGAGUGAUUCUACGGAUCCUCUGGUUGAUGAAUCGGAAGGUUAUUCAGGAGCAUAUGCUAGAUCCCCACUUCCAAAAUCAUCCCAAGGUGGUCGAUUUUCUCACGAGGAUAGUCAGAGUUCACGUGAGGAAGAUGUUGAAGAUGACGAUGGUCUGCGCGAAGUCCUCGAUGCAGUUCCAGAGCUGAAGAGCAGUAAACUUGUUGGUGAUGAAUACGUAUUCAGCUUAACGGAAUCGAUGGAUGAUGGUAUACGAAAGCGCAAACGCCGAAAAGUCUCUUCAAAGAACUCCCAGAAAUCGGAUGAUCCUGAUCCCACAUGGUCGGCCGUGUCAAACUCAACUCUCGCAAGAAGGAGACGUUCCAAUUCAUCCUCAAAGCGUCCUUCGCACCCCCCUUUUGCACAUAUCCUCAAUGUUUCACGGCCCACUAGCACUCAUCAUUCCUUAGUAAGUGCGCAUGUAUCUAUCUUUGAGAAUUAUAUUUGGUUAUAUUUUCAGACAUUUUAA